GAGAGGGAGGGUUGUGGUUGCCUUCAGGAGGUUUUCGAGGAGAGUGGACUCACACGGCACAGGAAUGGCGGCAUGGGCUCAAGAGUCCUUUAAAUCUAUGUGUUGAGCAUGUUACCGUACCGUUUGAAGCUGCAAGCUCUGCGGGCUUUGCAAACUGCUUUCCUUCUGAGACUUGCAGUUGCUGGGCAUUCCAUCGACUCUGAUCUUCCAUAUUGGGAUUGCUGGGAUCAGAAGGUGAAGGAUGAGGCGAAGGUAUUUCACCUACACACUCCAAAGGUGGCAGGCUGUUCUGUUGUCGAGGAUUUGAGUGGAAUGGUGGGUCGCGAUGAAGUCUUUUCCGACGAGGUUUGCUUUUCGUACUCAUCAAAGGGGAGCUACGAAAACACCGUUGUAAUGGUGAGAGAACCCCGUGCUCAUGUUUAUUCAAUGUACCAGUUCUGCCACCUUGCGGUUGAUCCAGGAUAUAGAUUUAUGGUCGGAAUGAGGCAAGGGUUGAAAGGUCAAGCGAACUAUCAUUUGGCCAGUUCGUUCAGCGAGUGGAUCAAUGAAUGGUACGAAAGUCCACGCUGGGGCAAUUAUGAUAUAUACGAAGACUACGAGUUCUGCUACUGUCCAUACAACUUGCAAAGUUCUCGGUUGGCUUGCAACAGCGAAAAGGAUGCAAAGUAUUGCUAUGCAACUUCGGACUUCGAGAAGGUCAUGAAGAACAUUCAUUCUGCGACAAUACUUGGAGUGGUUGAAGCGUAUCAUGAAUCGUUUUGCUUGUUUUCAGCUCAGUUGCUGGACUCUUUGCCUGAGCAUUGUGACUGUGAAAGCCCAGCAUGGAGUUCCUACGUCAAAACAAAUGUUUCUCACCAUGACCACUUCAAUGGAACCUUUGGGUCGAUUUAUGAUAUGCCCAAAGACAUCAUUCAAAAAGUUGACAGCAUGACACAAGAGGACCGUGCGCUCUACAAGGCAGGAGUAGAACGUUUCAUAGUAGAUAUCAACAAGGUUGAGGUACGCUUUGGAAAGAAGAUUCUUUGCGAGAGUCAGAGUCAGCAGCUAAAGCUGCAGGCAGCCUGAAUUUGGCAGUUGGACUCUCGAAGCUUUGCCAACUUGGUCA